AUGUAUAAAAUUUUCACAUUUUAUUAUAAUCUUUAUGAUAUACUUGGAGUAAAUCCAGAAGCAAGUCAAACAGAUAUUAAAAAAGCAUUUCAUAAGCUUGCAUUACAUAAUCAUCCGGAUAAAGUGUCAGAAUCUGAACGAGAAAAUGCGUCUAUACGUUUUCGUGAAGUACAAGAUGCAUAUGAUGUUUUGAGAGAUCCAGAAACAAGAGAAAUUUAUGAUACAUAUGGUUUAGAUGGUGUUCAAGACUGUAAUAAUAUUAUAAUGGAUGAUCUUUAUGCUCAAAUGUUUGAAAAUAUGGAUAUAAAUGGUGGAUUUGCAGAAGAAUCUAUCCACGAAAAUUCAUUCAAAAAUACAAAAAAAGAUGUUUAUUAUGAUUAUGAAGUGACAUUAGAGGAUCUUUAUCAAGGAAAAGACGUUAAAAUGGCAGGUACACGUAAUAUUAUAUGUCCCACUUGCAAAGGUUCAGGAAAAAAGGCAUAUUCAUUUUUUAAAAAAUGUGUGUUCUGUGAUGGAAAAGGUGUAACAAUUAUAUUAAAACAAAUAAAGCCUGGAAUGAUUAUACAGCAAGAAAUAGAAUGUCAAAAAUGCAGUGGAGUGGGCGAUAUGAUUCAAGAGAAAGAUAAAUGUAAAAAAUGUAAAGGGAUUAAAACCAUUAAACAAAAAAAUAUUUAUGAAAUUAAUAUAACUAAAGGUAUGGAAGAUGGAGAGAAAAUCAUUUUUCAUGGUGAAGCAGAUGAAGAGCCUGGCGUAGAAACAGGUGAUUUAGUAUUUACUAUUAAACAAAAAAAACACGAUAGAUUUAAACGGUUAGGAUGUAAUUUAAAAUCUGAUUUGCAUAUUACACUUUCUGAAGCCCUUUGUGGAUUUUCUAGAGUGGUUGUUGAAACUUUAGAUGGUAGAGGUCUUUAUAUAACUCAUUUGCCCGGAAAAGUGUUGUAUCCAGGGCAAGUAUUGAUUAUACAAAGAGAAGGGAUGCCUAAGCGUUUAAAAAAUUAUGAACAUGGUGAUUUAUAUCUUGAAGUUGUUGUUAAGUUUCCACCUGAUGGUUUUCUUCAUAAAACACAGUUAAAAAGUCUUUCAGCUUUAUUGCCACCAAACCCAAUUGAAAAUAAUGAUUUAAGGAAUGUUGAUACUGUAGAAUAUGAAAUCGGAAGUAUUGAGGAUAUUAAAAUGGCUGAAUCGCAAUAUAAUGAAUUAAAAAUAAACGAUAUUAGCGAAAAGCAGUCGUAUUCUUCACAAUGUAAUAAUCAGUAG